UCGGAAUUUUAUGAUUUCGACGAAAACUACAAUGAUAGGGGGUCAAAUGGUUCGACAAGGAUAUAUAAGUCUUGGAGAGAGUUUAGAAACAAGCCAGGCCCCCUGGGACUGUUGAACCAUGGCGUGACCUGCUACAUGAAUUCCGCAGUGCAAGCCAUGUGUCAUAUUCCUGCUGUUCUGCAUUAUCUUGUCGAUGUUCACAACCACAAGUACAAGGACUCGAUUAGUCCAACUUCUGUCACGCAAAUUUUGGCCGACACUGUUGCCAAAAUGUACAAGCUGGAUAAUAAGGGCGAAAAGAAAGUGCGCACAAUCAAUCCUAAACGUCUCAUUAAACGGCUGGGGGACAUCAAUUGCAUGAUGUCGGAGUGGCAGCAAGAAGACUCCCACGAGUAUUUCAUGUCGCUUAUGUCUCGCUUACAAGAAGACUCGACUCCAAAAGGUGUCAAACUCAACCAAAGCAUAAUCUAUGACAUUUUUGGAGGGCUCCUUAGCCAAUCGGUCACCUGCAAAAACUGUGGCCAUAUAUCCACUACUGCUCAGGAGUUUUAUGACUUAUCUCUCGGGCUGGACAACGUGAAAAAGAGAAACAGUAGUUUGCUGGAUCCUCAACAGCUGUUUGAACUCAAGAACAAGAUAGAAGCCGCCAAAUCCAAAAGAAGGAGCCGUUCUCAAACGCCCGAAGCUUCAGAGUCACAAAAUUCAAGUUCUCAAUCGAUGGAAACCAACGACGGCGAAAAGUCGAACCAGUUUCCUGAACCGCCCCACUCACCGCCAACCUAUAAGUACUCCUUGGAGAACUCUAUCAGGGACUUUUUCUCUCCUGAACUCUUGAAGACCGACAAAAAGGACAAGUCGGGAUACACAUGCGAGAAUUGUAAGAAGACCACCAAUGCGAUCAAAAUUUCCACCAUUGAACGUGCUCCGGAGACGCUGACAGUCCAUCUCAAGCGAUUCCGUUUCAAUGGUUCCUCGUCAAUGAAAGUCAAAGCCAACGUGACGUAUCCUGAAACCUUGGACUUAUCAGAAUAUACAACAUCAAUGAAUUCUCCGACAAAAUACAAAUUGAGCUCGGUAAUAGUUCAUCAGGGACGCUCUGUGUCUUCUGGGCACUAUAUAGCCCAUUGCAGACAACCAGAUGGAUCUUGGGCUACAUAUGACGACGAGUUCAUCAAUAAGAUCAAAGCCAGGGAUGCGUUGAGCGAUGAGAGUGCGUAUGUUCUCUUUUACUCCAGACUCACUCACAAGUCGAUUGGAGACAGAAAGAGAAGGUCUCCUGCUAAGAACGAAAAAUCCAAAAAGAGAUUCAAGAGCGGGAAUUCUAGAUGAGUGAUUUCGCAUAUGUAUAUUACGAGAUCGAGUCGUGUUCGACCUCUUCAUGAUCGCUAUGUACAAAUAGUUCCAACAUUCACGGAACAAUGUGGACACCAAUGGAUUUUGCUGUUUCCACAACGCUCUUGCAAAUAUAUUGUAGAGGCACGUCUUUCAGCUGCUCGUCUUUUUGCUUGAUUUUGGCAAUUUCGUAAACGUGUUUGAGACUCAGCUUGAUAGGGGACUUUUUAAGUCCUGGUUGCCCUUUCUCUAUUCCAGCAGCUUGCAUAAGCAUCCACGCAGUAGUUGGAGUUUUGAUGUCGAACGUGAAAGACCGGUCCGGCCUGACAGUAACUUUCACAGGGAUCGGUAUUCCUGGUUGGAAAUGGGCCGUUCUUGCGUUGAACUCUUUGCAAAAAUCUAUAGCCUUGACACCCUUGGAACCAAGAGCUGGACCGACUGGUGGAGUUGGUGCGGCCUGGCCAG